AUCACACCACUCUCUAUGUCCUCAUCUCAAUCUUUGUAGUCAGCAUAGUGCGCACGUUAGCCCACUCCACCAGGACUAUGAGUCCAUACUUGCGCUGCGCACCCUAGCACCUUCCACCUAACCGAGAGAGAGAGAGAGCCAACUCAUAUCUUUCUCUUCUUCGCAAAAACCCACAAAUUCUUACCACCACCGUUCUCAAAAUUAGGGUUUCCUCCUCCUCCCAUCGCGGCGCUCUCUCCUCCAUCUCCGCCGUCAUCUCCUUCUCUUCAAUGCCGGCGGCCAGUUCCAUCGGCCAAUCCCUCACCGUGCCCAGCCGUUUUACCAUCGAGCGACUUCGGCACUUCACAUCACUCCCUCCCUUCAUCUGACGGUGCCGCGUUCCUCCCAUGGCGCCCAGCCGUAAAAAGGGCGCCAGCAAAGCAGCGGCGGCGGCUGCCGCUCGCCGCAAGUGGAAAGUCGGCGAUCUUGUGCUUGCCAAGGUGAAAGGCUUCCCUGCAUGGCCUGCAACGGUCAGUGAACCGGAGAAGUGGGGUUACUCCACUGAUUGGAAGAAAGUGCUUGUUUACUUCUUUGGAACCCAGCAAAUAGCUUUCUGCAAUCCUGCUGAUGUGGAAGCUUUUACCGAAGAGAAAAAGCAGUCUCUUCUCCUCAAACGUCAAGGAAAGGGUGCUGAUUUUGUUCGGGCUGUCCAGGAGAUUGUUGAUAGUUACGAGAAAUUGAAAAAAGAGAGCCAACUUGAUGAAGCUAGCUUGGGUGGUAAUAUUGUUGAUGCUAAUGUUUCAAAUCCAGUCAGCACAUCUGCCAGGGAUCUGACAGAUGCUCCUAAGUUGACACAUGAAUUGGUAUGUGUAGCUGAGGAUGACUCAACUGCUGUAUUGAAGGAAGAAUCUCAUGAUAAGGAAGCAUUAUUGGAAGAGCCUACUGAUAAUGUUUCUGCUGUACAAUCACCUAAGCCAGUUACUUACUCUUCUCGAAAAAGAUCUGCUGGUGACUUGUGCCCACGGGGCUGUGUAACACAUAGACACAUGCCACUACGAAGGUCGAGAAUCUCGUCUCGGGCCCAAAACUUUGUGUUGCCUUGUAGUGAUUGUGGAAAGAGCACUGGCAACCCAUCAACUAAUGAAGGACUAAGUUCAUCCGUAAAGAGGAAUACAAGUGUGAGGAAAUCACCUGAUUCUGGCUGCAAUGAUUUUGAUUCAUCUGCUUUUGUCUCAAAUGGCAGCAUGGAGGACAAGGGCUCUGGAAUUCUCACAAUUGAUUCUGAUGCGUUUAGCUUGAAUGAAGGUAGUACAAUGGAUUCAAAUUUUAAACUUGAACACUCUGACACUAUUGAAUGCCUUGAAAAAGUCGAGUUGAACAAAGCGCUUGAUCUUGACAUAAAUACUGUAAUCCAUAAGAAGAAAAGAAAACCAACUAGGAAGAGGGUAACCAAUGAUGCUUCCAAGCCGACUGGUAGACUGGAAGAGGCUUGUGUGCAGAAUACCAGUCAAAGUUCACAGAAUAUAUGUGGAAAUUCUGAACAGAGAGGCUUUGAGCAGGAUGGAGAUGAACACUUACCUCUUGUGAAACGAGCUAGAGUCAGGAUGGGUAAAUCAUCUUCCAUGGAGGCAGAACUCAAUAGUGUUCUACAAGCUCAAGAAAAAAGCUGCAAGGAAGAUAUUAACUCACCACACCUGAUGAUCACAUCCUCAAAUUGUGAGAAUGGUAGCUCUGCUGAUGGAGAUUCAUCUGUGCUAAAUGGAGCUUUGGAUAUUGUUUCUCCUUCAAAGACUUUAGCUCUGUGUUCUGGUACUCAAAUUUGUAAUAUUAAGAAAGAUCAACCAUUCUUCUCUGUCGACGGUGAAGCUGCUUUGCCUCCAUCUAAACGCCUUCAUCGUGCUUUAGAAGCCAUGUCAGCUAAUGCUGCUAAAGAUGGUCAAACUCAUACGGAAGCUUCAAUCUCCAUAAUGACAUCAGGUCGUGCAUGCUGUAUAUCUGCUGUCAAGAGAUGUCCGUGUAUAGGCAGUAAUAAUCAAGGAGAUGAUGGUUUUGGGGUGCAAAAGUUGGAUUUGUUAACCUGUUCAAAUUCAAUGAUUUCAACAGUGAAUAAAUCUUCUAAACUAGUGGAUGAGCAGUUGACCAAGUUUGAACUGCAUGAACCUGCCAAGGAUGUUCUCCCAAGUGCUGCAGAUCCAGUUGGUGAGGAGCUUAUUAGUAAUGUUGUUUGUCAAACGGCUAAAGAAGAUAUGGAAGUUCGUGAACAAAAUUCUCCUAAUCUUGAUUCGAAAGGUUAUGAAGCUGGAAGCACACCGGAACCAUCAUUACCACUUAAUGGUGAGGACAAUAUUACAACAGUGAAUCAUUCAAAUACAUCAUCUGAAGUGUCAGAACCCAAUGGAAUAAGCUGUCAUCCUGCGGCAGAUGUGAACAAGAGUGAUAUUAUUUUACCCCAAAAUAGUAUCGAUGUGCCUCAGAAUGAGGUUGCAGCUUGUGAGGAUAUGAAGUGCCUGAAGCCAGCAGUUGCUGAUGUUAAGAUAACAAAUGAUAUGAGUGAAGUGAGAGAGAUAAAAUGUAAAGGGCCAGAGAAGGAUAUGAAUUCUGUUUCAACAUCAGAUGAUUGUUUGGGUGAAAAGGAUAUUUCGGGCAUGCCUUCAAGUCCAUCAUUGACAGAUGGGGGAGAUUGCAUUCCACAAGGAUCACCUCCAAAUACAUCAGUUUGCAAUGUUUCUACAUCAGACAGUAGUAAUAUCCUUCAGAAUGGAAGUUGUAGCCCUGAUGUACAUUUACACCCAAUGCAAGUGCAAGCAGUAUCUGGUCCUCUUGAUGGAAGUAAAAAUGGGUAUACAGCAACUCAACAAUCAAGAUCCACGGGCAAGUCAACUGAAGCAGCACGUGCUGCUUUGAAGUACUUUCAAGCAACCCUUGCAACUUUGACAAGGACGAAGGAAAGUAUUGGUCGAGCAACACGCAUAGCUAUUGACUGUGCAAAAUUUGGUCUUGCAGCAAAGGUCAUGGAAAGUCUUGCUCACAAUCUGGAAGAAUCAAGCUUGCAGCGAAGGGUGGAUUUGUUUUUUCUUGUGGAUUCUAUUGCGCAGUCUCGAGGUUUAAAAGGUGAUGUUUGUGGAGUAUAUCCAUCUGCUAUCCAAGCAGUCCUUCCACGACUAUUAUCCGCAGCUGCUCCUCCUGGGAAUACCGCACAAGAAAACCGGAGGCAGUGUCGCAAGGUUUUAAAGGUGUGGUUGGAGAGAAAAAUCCUACCGGAGUCUCUUAUUCGCCAUCAUAUCCGGGAACUGGACUUACGUAGCAGCUCAGCUUUUGCUGGUCCAUUUUCACGACGAACAUCAAGAACAGAACGGGCCUUGGAUGACCCUAUUAGAGAUAUGGAGGGCAUGCUUGUUGACGAAUAUGGAAGCAACUCAAGUUUUCAGCUGCCUGGAUUUUGCAUGCCCCGGAUGCUGAAAGAUGAAGAUGGUGAUGAAGGGAGCGAUUCUGAUGGAGAAAACUUUGAGGCUGUCACUCCCGAGCAUGAUUCUGAAGUACAGGAAAUGGUUUCUACAAUUGAAAAACACAGGCAUAUCUUGGAAGAUGUUGAUGGUGAGCUUGAAAUGGAAGAUGUGGCUCCCUCAUGUGAUGUUGAAAUGAAUUCAUUUUGCAAUGGCGAUAGAGGAAAUGCUACACAAUUUGAGAAGAACCUUCCCGUGUUCUCCACAACUGUACCUCAGGAUGCACCUCCAUCUUUACCUCCAGUGCCAUCAUCUCCUCCACCUCCACCACCGCUACCGCCUCCUCCUCCUCCUCCUCCUCCUCCUCGUAUGCCACACUUCAUGCCAUCUGAUCCAUAUCAGACGGUAGUGAAUUCCAAAGGUUUUACAGAUUCACAGACUGUGAAAAACACCCCAGUUUCUUCCAUGGCUCAGUCCUCGGCUGCGUCAAGGAGUAGCCAACCUAUCAGUGAUGCAGCACACCAUAAAGUCCCAGAAUAUAGAGAAAUGCAGAUGCGCGGGCAAGAACCUACUUGCUCUUUCAAUAGUUUCCCUGCGCCACCUUCAGACAACGUUCGACAUUCUGAUGGUGUUACUAUGCAUAAUAAAGGGUAUCCUAUAAGACCCCCUCGGCACGUGCCAUCCAAUCAGUUUUCUUUUGUUCAUGAGGAACGUCAUAUGAAUCAUCGAAGGGAGGUUCCACCACCACCGCCACCCCCUUCUUACCCCAAUAGGCAACACUUUGUGGAGAACAUGGAGAGAGAGAACUUCUACAAUAAUCAUGAGAGAAUAAAACCACCUCCAUUUGAUCACCGAGAUAGAUGGAAUGGUCCUGGACCUUAUCCUGGUCCUCGGUAUCAGGACAACGGUGCGCCUCCUCCAUAUGGUUGUCAUCCAUAUGAAUCACCUAGAAUGCCAGGCCAUGGGUGGAGAUUUCCUCCCCGGUCAGGGAACCACAACCACAGGAGUUCUGCUCCAUUUAGACCACCCUUUGAAGAUGCAAUUCCAGUUGCAAAUAGAGGUCCAAACUUUUGGCGGCCUAGGUGACGAGGAAACACCAAGAAACCAAUGCUGGAGGUAAUUUAUGGUCCAUAAUUCUGUGCAUGAUGAAUCCUUGGAGGAGGGUUCUGCAGAAUCUGCACAGGACAUGUGAAUGAUUUGCUAGAUCUGUACAUAUGUAUUUAAGCUUCUUCUGCAGAAUGCAGGGCAGGAAGCCAUUGUAGAGUUGUUGGAGAGAUGUAACCUACUCGGUUGUUUGUGUCAAAAUUUUCCUCCUAAUUUCAUAAUUUAUUUCCUAGAAGCCCGUUAUAGAAAUUAGAUCAAUAUGUAUAAAUUUUCAGAGGAUGUUUCUUGAAAUUGUUCUCUUUAACAUAAUACAUGGGAAAACUUUCUUUUGCAA